AUGCCCAAUAUUCUCGAUGGAGGCGACGUAGAGCCUCUUCGUCUUCCGCCUUCCCUUGAUGUCAAUCCUUUACAACUAUUCAACAUUGCCAAAUCUGAAAAACGGCCGCUAUUCGCUUCAGCGCCGAUGUUGGCGUUCCGACAAACUGUUGCGGAAUAUGGCGUGGAUUUGACUUGGACACCUAUGAUUCUGGCGAAAGAGUUCAAUCGCUCACUCUUCGCACGUGAUAGUGAUUUCACGCUCGCUCCAAAUCAACCUCCGACAAUUGUUCAGUUUGGAUGCAAUUCACCACUCGAGCUUUCCCGGGCUACUACGCUUAUUGCCCCGUAUGUCAAUGGAAUUGGUAUCAAUUGCGGAUGCCCACAGUCAUGGGCGUGUGCUGAAACGCUGGGAGCAGCGCUGAUGCAUAAGAGAGAACUGGUUGCUGAGAUGGUGAAAGAAGCAAAAGCCUCACUCGAAAGAGAAGGGUUUAAGGAUAAGAAGACAGUGUCUGUUAAGAUUCGAAUCCACAGAGACUUGAGAGAAACUAUUGAUUUUAUCAAGACUGUUGAGAAUGCAGGCGUCGAUUUCAUAACGAUCCAUCCUCGCCUUCGAAGUACACCUUCCUCCAUCCCGGCAAGCACAGAGGCUCUUACACUUCUUAACUCUCACACCAGAGUCCCUACCAUAUCGAACUGCGACAUAUUCUCCCUCUCCUCGGCUCUGUCCCACUACGCUGCUACCAAAGUAGAUGGUGUCAUGUCUGCCCGCGGUAUCCUCGAAAACCCGGGUAUGUUCUUCAGACCCAACUCUACUUCAUCAUACGGAAUCGACAAGUCCCAACCAGCUCAAGAUACUGGAUGUACGUGGGACGUUGUCGAAACUUUCAUGAAUAAAGUGGCGAUAGCACCUAUCCCAUUCAAGCUGGUAGUGCAUCAUUUAAGCGAGAUGACUGGAACUGAUAGGACGCAGAAAGGAAAGACUUUGCUGAGUAAAGACGAGAGAGGUAUACUAAUGGAGUGUAAGAACUUUUGUGAGGUGGUGGAUUUCUUGGAUGAAGUUAGAAGUGAAAAUGGUGGUCUGAGGAGGGAGAUGGAAGGCCAUGAAGAAAAUGAGAUUUUGAAAUGA